UCCUACUGUAAAGUUUUGGAUAAGAUCAAGCAUAUCAUUAGCUUGUUAUAAAAUGAUAUUUCAUCACUACUCUCUUCUUUCGUACAUUCUGAAAUAUUGUAGGAAACGGGCAACCCACUCUGUUUCUUGCUUCUCCCCGGAACCGCUAGCUAUGGCUCGUCAAUCGUCGUCAGAUUCUAUUAGACCUCGAGAUGUUUGUAUUGUGGGUGUCGCUCGUACACCACUGGGUGGGUUCCUAGGUUCCCUUUCAUCUUUCUCUGCUACUAAGCUGGGAUCCGUAGCAAUCCAGUGUGCCCUUAAGAGAGCAAAGGUUGACCCAUCACUAGUGCAAGAGGUUUUCUUUGGGAAUGUUCUCAGUGCUAACUUAGGGCAAGCUCCUGCUAGACAAGCUGCCUUGGGUGCUGGUAUUCCUAAUUCAGUGGUCUGCACCACUGUUAACAAAGUUUGUUCAUCCGGUAUGAAAGCGGUAAUGCUUGCAUCACAAAGCAUCCAAUUAGGCACCAAUGACGUGGUCGUGGCUGGUGGCAUGGAAAGCAUGUCUAAUGCACCAAAGUAUUUAGCAGCUGCAAGAACGGGGUCUCGUAUGGGACACGAUACCAUUGUUGAUGGCAUGAUCAAAGAUGGAUUGUGGGAUGUAUAUAAUGACUUUUCUAUGGGAGUAUGUGCAGAAUUAUGUGCUGUUCAGCAUAGUAUAACGCGAGAAGAGCAGGAUUCUUAUGCUAUUCGGAGCUUUGAGUGUGGAAUUUCUGCUCAAAAUAAUGGCCUAUUUUCUUGGGAAAUAGUUCCGGUUGAAGUUUCUGGGGUUAGAGGGAAACCAUCUAUGAUUGUAGAUAAGGACGAAAGUUUAGGAAAGUUUGAUGCUGUAAAGUUGAGGAAGCUUAGACCAAGCUUUAAGGAGAAUGGUGGAACUGUUACUGCAGGCAAUGCUUCUAUAAUUAGUGAUGGUGCAGCAGCAUUGGUGCUAGUGAGCGGGGAGAAGGCUCUUAAACUUGGUUUGCAAGUAAUUGCUAAGAUAAGAGGAUUUGCUGAUGCUGCUCAGGCACCUGAAUUAUUUCCUACUGCUCCAGCCCUUGCAAUACCAAAAGCUAUUUCAAAUGCUGGUUUGGAGACUUCUCAAAUUGAUUAUUAUGAAAUAAAUGAAGCCUUUUCGGUUGUGGCUCUUGCCAAUCAAAAACUGCUUGGCCUUAAUCCAGAAAAGGUUAAUGUGCAUGGUGGGGCUGUAUCUUUGGGUCAUCCAAUUGGAUGCAGUGGAGCUCGGAUAUUGGUGACAUUGUUAGGGGUGCUGAGACAUAAGAAUGGGAGGUUUGGGGUUGGUGGAGUCUGCAAUGGAGGAGGAGGGGCAUCUGCACUCGUCGUUGAACUCAUGCGAGUUGCAAGUGUGGGACGUUCCAGGUUAUAAAAUCAGUUUGCAUUCUCCAUUAUCAUACCAUCAUUCAAUUUUAUUUUUGUUUCUUUUUUCAAAUCAAUGGAAUAAAAAGUGAACGAGUAUGUAUCAAAUGUUACAAAGAUAUAAAUAAAGUUUGUUACUUGUUCAUCUUAAUUAUUAUGAUAAAUACUCCCUCGGUCCCUCCCCUUAAUUUUAAUCAAUCUAGUUUUAUAUU